AUGGCUCCAAGCAGAGGCUUCCAGUGCAUCGUCGGCAGGCAAAAUGUCUCGUUCAUAUGCCAGAGAUGUUGGACACGCAACUUUACCAGCACAAGCCAACUCCAAUCAGGCCACAACCGGUGGUCGAAGAUCAAACACGACAAGGCGAAAGUCGAUGCUGGAAAGAACCGCCAACGAUCCAUCUUCGCGCAAGAGAUAGCAACAGCAUCGAGACUAUUUGGUCCAGAUGUCAACAUGAACCCACGACUGGCCGACCUCGUGACGAAAGCCAAGCGAGAGGGAUUCGCCAAAGCAUCGAUUGAAGGCGCUAUUGCUCGUGGACAAGGACGAAGUUUGAGUGGAGCGAGUUUGGAAAGCGUGACGGUGGAGGGUAUCUUACCAAACAAUGUCGCCGUGAUAGUGGAGUGUGAGACGGACAACAAGUUGAGAACCCUAGCUGAAGUUAGGCUUAUUAUGAAAGAGCACGGCGGAAGCACCACACCUUCAAGUUAUCUAUUCGCGAAGAAGGGCAAGAUCACUCUUGAAGGCAAAGAAGGGCUCGGAGCAGACGAGGCGUUAGAAGCAGCUCUCGAAGCUGGAGCGACAGACGUAACCGAGGAUGAAGAUGGGCGAGUGGUGAUAUGGGCUGAACCAGCCGAGACCAGGGCAGUUGGAGACGCCAUAUCGAAAGCACUAGACGUUCAGAUCGCGACCUCGGAGAUCAUCUGGGACCCCAAUGAAGACACGAAAGUCGGCGUGCCGAAUGAGGAAGCUGCUGACGAACUCGGCAGUUUCGUCGAGAAGAUGCACGAGCGCGAGGCUACUGUUCAGUCUAUUUCGCUGAAUGUGUCCCAAGGAAACCUCACCCUCGACGCCUGGAAAGACCUUCAGAGUCGACUCAACGCCUAG